CGGCUGCACAGUUGGUAUUAUCGGCGAGUCGACUAUUUUGGUCCCGGCUUCAGCAACCUCGCCCUGAGUGUUUAUGGGUGCACGAUGGCAUUCUCUCCUGGUUCUCUACGCCUUCUCCGGCCGUGGCGAUCCUUGAAUCAUGCACCCAUCUGCAAUCGAUGCAUGCAGUCGCGACGAACAAUGGCUACUCCGGCAGCUGUAGCAAGCACAGAGCCAUACCUGGAGCUUGAGCAGGAGUCAUCGCUACUCCCCAUGCAGAGUCCACACCCCAAAGCACAGGCUUUCGAUCCUCUGGCCUUUCCAAAGUCAAGAAAGCGACAGCUGCCACCCAGCAGGUAUCGAUUCCGAAGUCCCAGGUACGAUCGUGGCCCGAUGCAUCCCCAUCAGCCUCUCCAUCCUUCAGAUCCUGCAAGUCGGGAAUUCGUCCCGGGCCCUUUUUCGUCGCCUCGAGUCGAACUCGCCUAUCACAACAUCAUUGCCCCAGAUUUCAUGACAAUGUGCUAUCAACAUACGCCUCCCGGCUUCAGACCGGCAGAGAAGGGCCCUCGGUUACGACCAUGGAUUGGAGACAACCCGUACUUUUCCAACAGACAGCUGCGUGGCCCACGUGGCGGAGACGUGCUGCGGUUACUGAGAAAACCUGUAACCUUUCGCAAUGUGCCCAUGGUGGAACGAGUCACUGUUCACGCGUUUUGCAAAGGCGCUCUGAAGGGAGGCUCGGGCUACCUUCACGUGGCAGGCAUGAUCCUGCAAGCAAUCACAAACCAAAGAGUCGUGGUGCACAAAGCCAGAUCGAAUGAGCAGGGCUGGGGCCUGAUCAGAGGCCGGCCGGUCAGUCUUACGGUGGACUUGAAGGGUGAAGACAUGUAUCAUUUUCUGGGUAAAAUGAUCAACGUCGUCCUACCCCGUAUCAAGGACUGGAAUGGUGUCAGGGCCACCACUGGGGACAACAGUGGCAAUCUCUCUUUCGGGUUGACGCCAGAUGUUGUUGCUGGUUUCCCGGAGAUCGAAAUCAACUACGAUGCCUAUCCCACUAAGCUAAUACCGGGUCUUUACAUCACCAUUCACACCACAGCCAGUUGUGACAAAGACGCAAGACUCCUCCUUCAGCAACUAGGCAUUCCUUUUUACGGCAAGAUUGUGGAUUAAAACCCUUGCCAUUAUAUGUGCAGGGCAUCUCACGCUGGCCAGCAGGAGGAGUUGAGACAUGUAGCCUAGUACACCAUCCCAAUGCAGUCCAGUCUGCACACGGAGCUAUUUUGUUGGGUUCGGGGUUGGGCGUCUCGGCCUUGUCUUGUUCGAGGCUUUGUCGCCCAUGCCGAUGAAUUUCAUGCACGUCUCAGACGUUCCGCCGAGCAUCAGCUGUUUCUCUACAAGCUAUCGAAGUCCCCAGACGAUAACUUUCCGAGAGCUUGAUCCAAGGCCCACGACUCGGAUGAUGCGCCAUUCCACGAGAGUGAGGUGGUUGAGACCGAAAUGAAUUCCUGGCAUCCCCGAAUUGGGGUAUCUCGGUGUCAUUCCCCAGGAACAGCUCCCUGCCAAAGGUGUGCAUACCUAUUGGGUAUUCUGUCGAUGGCAAUCCCACGAGCUAAGAGUUACCUUGAGCACGUCACAUACCAUGGAUGCUUGACGUGCGUGGAUAGCUACAUUGUACAAUAUCAAAGAGUUUCAAAAAGAACAGAGUCUUCACCAUAUGAUUGCUUCGCUUUGAUUAACGUGCUACGAAUGCAGCAUGAGGUACGGACUACUACCCGUAAA